AUGGCGCUAUUCUGGUACACGUUUUGGAGUUCUGUGAGCACGGUGAGCGCGAACUCGUUGCACGAGGCGGUGGUUGACGAUAUACAUGUGGUGGAUCAGUACUUGGAGUUUAUUGGGAAGUUGAACAAGGUAUGGAGCUCAUCGCAGCAGUCUGUGCGGAAGAUCCCAGCGAACCGGGCGGUGGGAGUGAGCCGGUUGGUGCUUGAACGGUUGGAGGAGGAAUUGGGGUCGCGAGUGGUCGAUUGUGGCGAGCUUGUGGAGUUGCGCAAGCGGUACGAGACGCUUUUGGCUGAUAGUAAAGAGGGCAAGAAGAGAGAGGUGAGUUUGAUGCGGGAGUUGAAGGGGCUAAAGGCGGUGGUAUUGAGGGUUAAACGGAGUGCCAGGGGCAGUGCCAAGGGCAGUGCCAUUGCCGAAGGUAAUGACAAUGACAAUGACAAUGACAAUGACAAUUCCAAGGCCAAUUCCAAGGCCAAUGCCCUUGGAAUUAGCCUUGGCCUUGGCAAUGCCGACAUGAUGGCAUUUCUCGAACAGAUCAAGAAGACGCUCCAGUACUCGCGACGGUUCAUCCCGCUCUCUGGGAUGGCGAAUGAGUAUUUCACCGGGAUGCAGUUGGUCGAGGCGGCCAAGAAGUUGAGUCCCGGGAGCGUGUGGUCGAUGUACCAGCAAGAACGGUUUGGCCAAUGGUUGAUGGACGAAGGGUACAUGAUGCACCACAACGACAUCUUGCGGUUGAGGAAGACGUUCAGCGUGGACGGAUACUACUGCUGGCAGAUGAAGACCAAUAAGAAUAAGAACAAGGUCCACGAGGAUAUGGAACCCUUUGUGAGCCGGUCUGAGGCGUGCAAUGUGAUGUGGGAGCAAUGGAGCAAGUACAGUAUCAAGAGGCUUGAGUUUGAGACGUGGCACAUGGCGUGCAUGGGCCAGCUAGGCGAGUUGCGCGAGAAGCUAGUGGAUGUGGUAGGAAGGUUAGAGGAGGUAUUGGGAGGGAAUCGUUCCAGUUCCAGUUGUAACAUCACCAUGGAAUCGUUAUAUGCGAGGAACAUGGGGAGCAUUGGGUUCUACGUGACGAUGAACGAGCCGUUAGUGAAGCCCGGGGCCAACCCUGGAGACAUUCCGGAGGACUCACCGCUAGAGAUUGGCGAGCGGGAUGAUGAUGUUGAGAAGAGCGGUUUGUGGGUGGUUUUGGACUCUUUGGAGCAAGAAGACGCAGUGGAGGUGAGGAAAUGGUGGGACACCGAGUUUGAUUUGGUGCACUGGCACCGGGUGCGAGAGGAUAUACAGAGGAAAUGGUGGGGGUACGAUGCGGAGUGGGAGUCGUUUGUGGUGGGACUACCGGUGGAGAAACGAGUGUGUGUGGUGAAGGGGAUAUUGAUUGAGAUGGGCGAGUCGAUCGUGCCUGGGAGAGUGGUGGAGCGUAGUUUACGAGAGGAGCAAAGUUUGCGCAAGUCGUUGGGUGAGUGCAAGGUCGGGAGGACAACUCUGAAAGUGUUGGCCAAAUUGGCGGGGAGCCCAGCCUUUGCCGGGGCCAUGGCCGAGGCCGAGGCGAUGGCCGAGGCCGAAGCCAAGGGUGAGCCCCAGGGCUUCGCCCAGGGCUUGGCCCAAGACAAGAGGAUACCGUUGGUUCACUUUUUCAUGCGGUGCCAGCACCAGGUUCCGCAGAAACUGGCGGUGUUGGAACGGUUGUGGUGGGAGUUUGUGGGGGACCUCGAGGGGCUGCUGGAGGAGGCUGUGGAGGAAUCUGUGGACGAACCUGUGGCAGCACCAGCGCCACAGGUUCCUAUAGUGAGUGUGACGCGAAGUAGGAGCAGCAGCAGAGGUGCUUCUGCUGCUGGUGCAUCUCCUCCUCCUCCUCCUCCGCUUCCCCCAGUGUCACCUAAACGAGGUCACGUGACCGACACCCAGUUCAUCCCAAAACCGUUCAAGUCGUCGCGGCCGGCGUCGUACUCUGGGCCGGACUCUACAUCCACAUCAACUGGACAAGGGCCUGGCCAGAGCCAGGCCCUGGGAAGCAGUUCGGGGACCAAUUCGGCGACUAGCUCGGGCAGUAGCUCGGGGACUACCUCGCGCGAGAAGCGCCGCAGCGGCACGCCGUUGGUACACAUCCUGGGGUGA